AUGUCUGACCACACAGUCCGUCUCAAGAGCACCCCAGUCAAACCGACGAAACCACCUCCCAUCAAUAGGAAGGAAAUGUCUGCGUUUCACCUCCCACCCAAUUCUCUCAUUCCCAACACCGACUUCUGUCGAACUUGGCUCAACGUGCACGACGUGAUUAAGGAACUCGUCCUCGACAAGAAGCUGCAAAAAUUUGCCAAGGCCGUCCGUAAAAGCAAAGUCACUUGCUACGAGAACGUAGAGAUCCUGCUCAACUACGCGAGUGCUUUGAUUCGCAAUAGGCUUUGCGACACCUCGGAACGCAUCGUGUUUGUGGACAACCAUUCAUUCCUCCCGACAAACCACCCAAACAAAAUCAAGGGUGGUGCUGCAGACGUUCUUGGCGUACUAGAGAGUGUCCUCAAGAAACUUCAGGAGGACGAGCGCAAUCGAAUCCCCUGGCAUCUCAUCUUGACGGCAGUCGAGGAGAAGACAGCUGUCGACGCGAAGGUUGGUCCGGCACAGUGUGGCGCCUAUCUUGGAUACGCCAAUCAGGCACGCCCCGACAUGGUGGGCAUGUAUGGCCUCUCUGUGUCGCCUCGGGGCUUCCAGAUCCAGUACAGCUGUCCCGCCGGGCUCGCUACGUCAGACGAGUUCAAGUGGACUGCACACCUCGGCGGCAUUUUGGCGUAUAUCUGCACGCUGUAUCUUCCCCGCACCGACUUCGCGCCGAGAGAUACUACUAUCUCACUCGCUGCUGGUCGUGAUAUCCUUGGGCCUCCCCUCUGGGACAUCGACGUUGGCGACAAGGUUUAUCGCAAUUGCAAGGUCCAAUUCGUCGGGCAACCAUGGACAAGGAUGACAUGGGUCGCUGAAGCUGAAACCGACGACGAGGAAGGCCCUACUGUGAUCAAAGAUUCGUAUUGCGACGUGCGGACGCGCUUCAAGGAAGGGGAUAUGUACAAGAUUCUUCACGCGGAAGGCGCUGCACCUGGAUUUGCCGCUGUCGAUCGCGAAUACGAAGUCAAGUACAAGGGUACCCCCAUCGCAACCUCUGUGAAGCAACUCACGAGGAUCAAGACGAGGUUAAUCAUGAAGACCAGCGGGUUACCCCUGACGAAAUGCAAGAACAUCGUCGAUUUCUUCAAAGGAAUGUACGACAUCCUCGAGGCCCAUCGCUGGAUGGUAGCAGAACGCAAGCUGCUUCAUCGUGACAUCAGUCAUGGCAACAUCGUCAUCGAAGCUAAGGAUGCCAAAAAAGUAAGGAAAUUGAAGGGUACGAAGCCACCGAUAUUCAUCAAUGAAGUUCUCCACGGCGAACCCGCACCUCCGAUGGCUCGAUUACUCGACAUGGACAACUGUGCGAACCUCGAUACAAGCAAAGUGAAGUCGGAAGGGGAGGGGGAGACAGAAGACAGUGACGAGCCACUGCGAUAUCGUACUGGUACUCCGAAGUUCAUUGCUCGAUCUGUCGCAGCUGGCAAAAUACUCGACGAUGUCUGGUUCGCCGUCAUGCCCACUUUACAGCCAGAAAUCGCAGACAAGUACACCCAAGCGUACAGCGACGACUCUUCCAAGUUGCGGAAAUUCUCUGACACAGACGAAACUUAUCACGGCGGACAGGUGUCGACCAAAACUUUGAGGAUCUACCGAAGAGACUCUUGCUUCAAAGUUGACAACUUCGAGCAUCAGCCAUCCCAUGAUGCAGAGUCCGUAUAUUGGUGUAUUGCUACCUUCGUCUUACUAGCGAAACCGCUGAAGAACGACGUCGACGAGGGUCAGACACAAUUAAGCGGCAUAUGGACGAGUAUCGCGGAACACGAGGUCGGGAGCGACGUCGACACGAGGUCCGCUCUGAUCUCUGGCAAUAAAUGGGCUGAGUGGCUGCACAAAGAUCUUCUCUUCAUUGCCGAGUUGAUGACCGAGCUCACCUAUCAAAUCCGACCUGAAUGGGCGCUGCUGGACCCCGCGCCGGGAUCUCUCCACCUCCACGAAGCAAUGCAACGUCUAAUUCUGCAAUACGUUCACGACUGGGAAAAGAACCACCUAAAUGUCGAGCUUGACACCGUCUCAUGCCGAACAUUCACUCCAGUUGAGCGAAAACCGAUGGCACCAGUAUCUGAACACCCUCUCAUCGGUCAAGUUAUCACCUCGAGCACACUUGGUAAGCGAGGCUCCGACUCGGUCGCUCGACGCGCGCAAUCAGGCUCGAAGCGAUUACGCAAGACGGGCGACGAUGAACCUCUAGGCGCGGAGUUGGCUGAGCUGCAACAGGCCUGGAUCGACUCGCAGUCUGCGCCUGUGGCCACUGAGCCUUUGGGAUACGCGUCUGAGGACGAAUCCGAUUCCGAAUCCGAAUCCGAAGAGACCUCAGAGUAA